ACUCCUUAUAUUUUGUCCCUCUUUAUCUUCCAUUUCCACCAACGUUAUACUCUCCAACGCAUGGAAACACAUAUUGUUCCAUCCAACCAAAACCUUAAUUUCACUCCAACAUCUUCUCUCUCUUUCAAUCCUUAGCAACAUCCUCCAUGGAAGAUCUUCCAUCACCACUUCCACCAAAAACAUACAAACUAACCGCAACUUCAAUCUCUUACACCAAAAACCUACAAACAAACAACAUCAUCGUUGCACCAUUUCUCAUCUUCAAAAACUGCACACCAACUCCACCAACCUACAUCCUCAAAGAUGUUUCCCUCACAGCUUACCCUUCUGAGAUUCUCGCCAUUGUUGGUCCAAGUGGUGCAGGAAAAUCAACUCUUUUAGACAUUCUUUCAGCUAGAAGAUUACCCUUAAGUGGAACACUUUCACUCAACUCUUCACCUAUUACCAACCCUUCAACAUUCAGAAAACUCUCAGCUUAUGUUCCUCAACAUGAUGCAUGUCUUCCUAUGUUAACCGUUGCUGAAACUUUCGCCUUUUCCGCUUCUCUUCUUAAGCCUAAAACAAUUGACAUUGCUUCCAUUGUUUCAUCUCUUUUGAAUGAGCUUAGACUAACACAUUUGGCUAACACAAGGCUUAAUCAUGGUUUGUCUGGUGGUGAACGAAGAAGGGUCUCUAUAGGACUCAGUCUUCUUCAUGAUCCUGCUGUUUUGUUACUUGAUGAACCUACUUCUGGUCUUGAUAGUUCAUCUGCUUUCAAAGUCAUGCAAACCCUUAAAUCAACUUGUGUUUCGUAUAAUAGAACCAUUGUUCUUUCCAUUCAUCAACCUAGUUUCAAGAUUCUCUCUUGUAUUGAUAGAAUCUUACUUCUUUCAAAAGGGACUGUUGUUCAUCAUGGAAGCUUAGCUUCACUUCAAUCUUUCUUGCAUUCAAAAGGGUUCACUGUUCCACAUCAGCUCAAUGCAUUGGAAUAUGCUAUGGAAAUAUUGAACCAAUUGAAUAUGGUUAGUCUUAGUCCAAUGAUUACUCCACCUAGUCCACCUGAAUCACCAGAAAAUUCUAAAUCUGCUAUAGUUUCUUCUGUAUCUGACAAUAUUGGAAGAACUAAGAGAAAAGGAAAAGAUCUCAGGUACAAGAGUUCAAGGAUUCAUGAGAUUUGUACACUUUUUAAACGGUUUUGGAAGAUCAUAUACAGAACAAGACAACUUCUUUUGACAAACACAGCAGAAGCACUUCUGGUUGGUCUUAUUUUAGGAACAAUUUACAUCAACAUUGGGUUUGAUAAAGAAGGUAUAGUGAAAAGGUCUGGUCUAUUUGCAUUCACUCUUACCUUCUUACUAUCCUCCACAACAGAAACACUUCCAAUCUUUAUCAACGAGAGACCAAUCUUGUUAAGAGAAACAUCAAGUGGUGUUUAUAGGCUAUCAUCUUAUCUUAUAGCAAACACACUUGUUUUCUUGCCAUAUUUGCUAGUAGUUGCUGUUAUUUACUCUAUUCCAGUUUACUUCUUGGUUGGUCUUUGUAGCUCUUGGUUCUCUUUUGCUUAUUUUGUUCUAGUCAUUUGGGUUAUAGUUCUUAUGGCAAACUCAUUUGUCCUUUUCUUGAGUUCUCUAGCACCAAACUACAUUGCUGGAACUUCACUCUUGACAGUGCUACUUGCAGCAUUUUUUCUGUUCUCUGGUUACUUCAUCUCCAAGGAAUGUUUACCUAAGUAUUGGCUAUUCAUGCACUUCUUUUCUAUGUAUAAAUACGCGCUCGAUGCGCUUCUUAUCAACGAGUAUUCUUGCUUAGCUACAAGGUGUUUGAUAUGGUUUCAAGAGAAUGAUCAUGAGUGCAUGAUCACUGGUGGAGAUGUGUUGCAGAAGAGAGGGCUCCAUGAGAGACAGAGAUGGACCAAUGUGUACUUUUUGAUUGGAUUCUUUGUUUUUUAUCGUGUCCUUUGUUUCUUGGUUUUGCUUAGAAAGAUUUCAAGAUCUAAAACAUGAAGGGAAAGAAGUGAAAAUGGUAAGCAUAUAAGAAUUUUCUUCAACUAUUAUUAUCCUUUAUUUUGUAUCAACUUGUUUAAUUAUUUCAUCUUGUUUAUGCAAAGUGUAUAUAUAAGUAUAAUAAUGUGAAACUCAUGCAGCAACAAAGAAAGUUUGUUUUUCUAAGAUAUUAAGUUGACUGUUUCUUUUCUCUACUUUGGUUGUAAUGUUAAACCUCAUUAAUUCUUUUAUUUGGAUACAUAUUGUUUUGAAUGAUUUGGUAUGGUUAUAUGAUAUUUCAUUUUCUUGAUAUCUAUAUAUACACAAGUGGAUAAAUAGUACUUAAGAUUGCGACAUCUCAUGAUAUAUGAAUGAAUCUUAGAUAAUAUACAUGCAUUAUUAUAGCGAUUAUAUAUAACAGGGAAAUCCACAUAGAUAUAUCUUGGCCUAUUCAAUUGUUCUAUUUGUUUAACUUUGUUGUGAUGGGGUCACGGGUCUCAUUAGUUGAAAAGGUGAGAGAAGAAUCCACAGCUGUCUUCUUCAUUCAUAAUGAAAGUGAUUUUUGUCACUUGGCUAACUUGUUGCUGCUGAUCCAUUUUUUGUCUGCUAUCUCUGAGCUAUAGUGUUGGUGCUCACGGGUUCUUCAUUUGUGGUAUCCCGUGAACUUACUCAUUUUUUUAAGUUGAGUGCUGCAUUGCAUAAAAUGAACAUGCCACUUUGAGUCAUAGUAUCUUACUUUUCAAAUUUUCACCCAUCCAAUAAAUAGUACUAAAGUUUAUAGAAUGAAAAUGAUGAAGCUAGGACACCCAAAAACACGACACUGAAAUGUCGGUACCGAUAAUAAUUUAAAAACAUGAGUAAAUUAUUAAAUGUAAUCAUAAGUGUCAGUGUCAGUUUUGGACACAGACGCUAACACAAAUACACUUUUUUCGAUGCUACGUAACAUAUUG